AUAUUUACAGCACCAUAGUAAACUACAAAUAAUGGCAAGCGAGGAUUUGUUUCAAAAUGAUUACUCCGAGGAGCCAGACUUUGGACAGGACUUGGAUAAGAACGAAGAAAUGAAUACAGAGGCGGCUGCUGCUGAAUCCGACGGCGAAGAUGCUGAGCCAGCGCCUGCCCCAAAUCAGACAACGAAUAUGAGUCCACCGGCAAACAAAACAAGCAAUGGCAGCAAGGCGAGUGAACCUGAACCCGAUGGCAAACUUACCCAGUUGCCAAUGGGUCGCAUUCGAAAUAUAAUGAAACUGGAUCCAGAUCUACAGAUUGCAUCAAAUGAAGCAGUUUUUGCCGUUACAAAGGCGGUGGAAUUGUUUAUAGAAUCCCUGGCACGAGAGUCCUUCACGUAUACAGCACAGGCCAAAAAGAAGACGGUACAAAAGAGAGAUGUGGAACUAGCCAUAUCUGCCGUGGAUAGUUUAAUAUUCUUGGAUGGUGCAUUGCAUUUUUGAACAACCUCAAAAAGGAUAAUAAUAUCUUUAAAAAACACA